AUGAUUGAGUAUCAGCUUCAGCAGAGAUCUGUGUCAUUAAAGGAUGUGGUCGUGGGCUUUGCCCAAGAGUAGAGGCACCAGCUCAUUCCUGCUCAGAGGGCCCUGUACCAGGAUGUGAUGCUGGAGACCUAUAGAAACCUCAUUUCAGUAGGUUAUGAAGGCACCAAACCAGAUGUGAUACUCAAACUGGAGUAGGAAGAAGAACCAUGGAUUUCUAAGGCAGUGUGCCCAGGUUGCUACUGUCAAGAAGACUUCUGGGAAGUUAAUGUCCACAGGAAAAGACAUCAAGACCUACUUUUGAGACAAGGUGUAUUCAUCAUCAAGAAAGCAUUGCCCAAGGAAAAAAGCCAUUGAUGUAAUAAAUUUGGGAAAAUAUCUCUUCUGAGGACUGAAAUUUUUCCUUCAAUUCAAAGCCCCAAUAACUGGGACCCAUGUGGAAAGAGCUUGAAACAUAAUUUGAACAUGAUUGGUUUUAAAAGAAACUUCAAAAAGAAAGAUGAAUGUUACAGAUAUGAGAAACUGUUACAGUUUAUGAAUCACGAGAGAAGACCUAAUGGAGAAAAAUGCUGGGAAUGCAGUCAGUGUGAGAAAAUUUUCAGUCAUAACCCAGCACUUACGUAUAAACCAGCAGUAACCAAUUCUCUUAUGUACAAACGGAGGAGGAUUCCAUCUAUAGAGAAACCCCACAUCUGUAGUGAGUGCAGGAAAGCCUUUUGCUAUGAGUCUGAAUUCAUUAGGCAUCAGAGAAGUCACACUGGGGAGAAGCCAUAUGGAUGCACUGACUGUGGGAAAACCUUUUCACAUAAGUCAACCCUCAUUAAACACCAGAGAAUUCAUACUGGGGUAAGACUUUUUGAAUGUUUCUUUUGUGGGAAAGCCUUUAUCCAAAAGUCACACUGCACAGAACACCAGAGGACACAUACAGGAGAGAGAGCUUUUGUGUGGAGCAAAUGUGGGAAGUCAUUUGGUGAGAAGUCACACCUGAAUGUACAUCGAUAAAUGCACACAGGAGAAAAAUCCUAUCACUGCAGAGAAUGUGGGAAAUUCUUUAGCCAAAAGUCAUGUUUCAAUAAACACUGGAGAACUCAUACAGGAGAAAAACCCUAUGGGUGCAAUGAAUGUGGCAAAGCUUUCUACCAGAAGCCAAACCUGAGUAAACAACAGAAAGUUCAUGCUAGGAACAAUGCCUACAGGAAUGAAAACCUAAUAAUUAUGGGAAAGCUUUAA